AUGAUGAGGCUACCUGGGAUAGGAAGCAAUGUGCGGUGUCCGUCAAGAAACUGGAUGUCACGUGGUCACUCCUAUGAAGAGCAAACUGCGUGGAACACAAAGUACUGUGUGGUUGCCGACCGUCAGAUGCUGCUUCUGAAUGAGGAGGAGGUGCAGAUCCGUCCCUUGUUUUCGCAGGAGAGGCGCUCUGCGUCAUGCAAGGUCCAUCUCCUGCGACGCACCAUCAGCGUUCCAGUGGAAACCCAGUUUCCAGAAUUCCACAGCCAGCUGUCCACUGAGAGCGAUGGAGAGCUUGCUGCUUCUAAGCCCUUCGCCGCACCUAUAAUGCUUCAUCCUAACCUCUAA